AUGGGUUUUACAUCCAAGCUUUCCUUGGCCCUCUCCUUGGCUGGCUACUCAGAAGCCUUCUUCCGCAUGUCAUGCCCUGGCCGCGUUGUCCGCGAACGCAUUGAUCCCAUUGUAAACCCAGGUGCCAUCGCUGGCCAUGUACACACUGUAUCUGGCGGUGCGGGGUUCUCAAUGGAUAUGACAUAUGCAGACGCUCGGGCAGCCAAGUGCUCUUCUUCUACCGAAAACCUGACUGCGUUCCCCGAGGGCUUCCGCAUGCUGGCUGGUGACUCUGGCAAGCGCGAUGUCGGUGCAAAUGAUCUAGCCACCAAGGGUAUAUCCUUCAACUGCCUGGGAGCCAACAAGCCCGAGACAAACAAGAUCCCCGACUACCCAUGCCCAGGCGGCCUUCGCGCCCAAGUAUUCUUCCCCAGCUGCUGGAACGGCAAAGACCUCGAUACACCCGACCACAAAUCCCACAUGUCUUACCCCAACAGCCAACACUACGACAACGGCCCUUGCCCUGCAGGCUUCCCGAUCCACACCAUCUCUAUCUUCUACGAGAUUCUCUACGACACGGCUCUCUUUGCCGACCAGUGGAACGGCACCCAACACCCCUUCGUCUUUGCUAACGGAGAUGCAACCGGCUAUGGCUUCCACGGCGACUUCUUCAACGGCUGGGACGUGCCCGUCUUACAAAAAGCCAUCGACACCUGCACUGACGCCUCCGGCAGCGUCGAGAAAUGCGCCGUCCUAACGCAAUUCACCGGCGCGGAGACGCAGGCAUGCAGCAUCCCCACCACCGUUAAGGAGACCAUCGACGGCAACCUGUCCAAGCUGCCAGGCUGCAACACGCCCUCCUUCGGCCCUGCCCGCGCAACCAAAGAGACUUGCGACGACGCAGCCACCCUCGGCGCCGGCACUCAGAACUUCCUCGACCUCACAUCCACACUCAAAUGGUCGUAUGCCGGUUGUGGAGGCGACAACAUCGGCGACCGCGCCUUCCUCAAUGCCUCCACAGGUGCCGACGACAUGACGAUCCAAACCUGCAUCGCCUUCUGCGGCGCGCGCAAUCUGCCCUACGCAGGCCUCGAGUACGGCCGCGAGUGCUUCUGCGCGGAUAAACUGGACCCGCGAUACGCGCCCAAGGAUGGCAUCAUGGGCAACUGCAACUACAAGUGCGCGGGCGACGAGAGUGGGAUCUGUGGCGGGUGGGCGGCGAUGAGCAUCUAUAAGAAGUGUGCGGAUGGAGACAGCUGUAAGAAUUGGGAUAUCAAGUAUGUUACUCCCCAGGCUAGCAGUUCGGCGGCGAAGGUGGUGGCGAGUUCGACGGUGGGGAGCUCAACGGCGGCUAGCUCGAGGGUUGCGACUUCGACAAUCCUGGCGACGGUGACGAAGACUUUGGCUGCGGUGACGAAGACUUCGGCUGCGGCGACUGCGACUGCGACGGCGGCGAGGAGGCAUGCGAGACAGGUCAGCUUCUAG